UUCAACUCUGAUCCACUUUCUCCUCGCCGGAAGCUCUCUACGAUCAGCGUAAUCCCUGAUACUUCAAUCGAUCCCGUGAGAUAUUGUUCAAAGAUGACUCAAGACGUAGAGAUAAAAGACAACCACAACACCCCUUCUCAAUCAAUCAUCUCCUCCACCACCUCCACUAUGCAGCAUUUGAAGGAGAUUGCAGCUUUGAUUGAUUCUGGAUCAUACACAAAAGAGGUUCGCCGUAUUGCUCGUGCCGUGCGUCUCACAAUUGGACUCAGGAGAAAACUCACCUCCUCAGUGUUAUCUUCUUUCCUUGACUUCGCUUUAGUUCCAGGAUCCGAAGCUCACUCUCGUCUUACCUCCUUUGUUCCUAAGGGUGAUGAACAUGAUAUGGAAGUUGAUACAGCUUCAUCGGCUUCUUCUAAGCACAUACCUGCUGAGCUUGAGAUUUACUGCUACUUCAUUGUUCUUCUUUUUCUUGUUGAUCAGAAGAAGUACAACGAGGCUAAAGCUUGUUCUUCAGCAAGUAUUGCACGUCUCAAGAACUUAAACAGGAGGACCAUCGAUGUGAUUGCUUCGAGGCUGUAUUUUUACUACUCCUUGAGUUACGAGCAGACUGGUGAUCUUGCUGAAAUUCGUGGGAAUCUUCUGGCUUUGCAUCAUUCUGCAACCUUACGCCAUGAUGAGUUGGGUCAGGAAACACUUCUUAACCUUUUGCUGCGUAACUACCUACACUACAAUCUUUAUGAUCAGGCUGAGAAGCUAAGAUCAAAGGCACCUCGGUUUGAGGCACAUUCAAACCAACAGUUCUGUAGGUAUCUCUUCUACCUGGGGAAAAUCAGAACCAUUCAGCUGGAGUAUACAGAUGCAAAAGAAAGCCUCCUUCAGGCAGCCAGGAAAGCCCCUAUUGCAGCACUGGGUUUCAGAAUCCAGUGCACUAAAUGGGCUAUUUUGGUUCGCCUGCUACUUGGUGAGAUUCCAGAGAGGUCAAUCUUUAUGCAGAAGGGGAUGGACAAGGCGCUGAAGCCUUACUUUGAGCUGACCAAUGCGGUGAGGAUUGGGGACUUGGAGCUGUUCAGGACAGUGCAGGAGAAGUUCUCAGACACAUUUGCUCAAGACCGAACCCAAAAUCUCAUCGUGAGACUCCGCCACAAUGUCAUCAGGACUGGACUUCGCAACAUCAGCAUCUCAUACUCGAAAAUCUCCCUUCCUGAUGUCGCCAAAAAGCUGAGGCUCAACUCCGAAAACCCUGUGGCUGAUGCUGAAAGCAUCGUGGCCAAGGCCAUACGCGAUGGAGCAAUCGAUGCGACCAUUGAUCACAAAAACGGGUUCAUGGUCUCAAAAGAAACAGGGGACAUCUACUCAACGAAUGAGCCACAGACAGCGUUUAACUCAAGAAUCGCUUUCUGCCUCAACAUGCAUAACGAGGCGGUGAGAGCCUUGAGGUUUCCUCCUAACACACACAAGGAGAAAGAGAGCGAUGAGAAGAGGAGAGAGAGGCAACAGCAAGAGGAAGAGUUGGCUAAGCAUAUGGCUGAGGAAGAUGAUGAUGAUUUUUAAGAUGAAGAUAGUCUCCGUCCGCUAGAGUUUGUUUACUUACUUUGUUUCUUGCUUCUGCUCAAGUGUUUUUUUUUUAAAUGAGGAUCUGCGAAUUAUUACUGUUCCUUUUUAUUACUUUGGUUUCAUAACUUUAGGAAAAGAGAUUUAAACCGUUGGGUUUCAGAAGAUUGGAAUCUUUUCAACUUCGUUUGAUGGUGUUAUGAAGAUUCUCGUUGAAUACUUUUAAGAUAUCUGUUGUUGGGGCGGCUAAUUAUUUGAACAUAGACAUGUGUAAUAUUA